GAUUGCCAAAUACAGGCCAACUACCAAUUAUCUUUGUAGUCAUUCCUGGGGUCCAGACGAAUCAGCUGAAAUGGAGAUUUAGUGUAGCCUUUGAGGUAUGUUUCCCUCAUGAUUUCAUUAAGUUUAUAAACCACAUGGAUUACGCUUAUGGGUUUUCAGGUUGCUGGGACUAUCUGUAACUGCUCUUUUGAAGCCAAGAACCAUCUUGAGAAUAUACUCUUGAUAUCAGAGUUUCUCUGGCCCGCUCUGCUCCUGCCAGUUGCAGGCAGUAAGAUAUACAGUGAGGAAGAUAUCUCAGAAAUGCCACCUGAGCUUGGAAGUGCGCUUGCCAUUGAGCGAGAGCCAGUUACUGAUGCUGACAUUCGUGUUCAGACACUAGAAGCUAUAUAUUUGAUCAUCUUACAGGAGGCAGGACGAAGGACAUCUCUCUUUGUGUUGUGUUUGCUUCCUCUCGAUUUUCAUUGUUAGCUGUGAUAUCACAUCUGUAUUUAAUUGUCUGUUUGAUGUUUCUUAAUGACUUGUUGUCUUUAGGGUGAGC